AUGCAAAAGAGUACAAGUUCUUGGUUGGGGCUGCUGCUGUCAGCGUUAAUUGAAGUAAGGCGCCUGUCGCGUCUUGAUCAAGGUACAGCCAGCAAGUUUGUAACUGUAUUCGUUCCUGAUGUAAAACCUCUCGGUCUUUCAUUCUGGCGGAAUCGAUACAAUGAAACAAGGAUCUGCCCAUUGCCGUCUGGCCGCGAACAACUGAUACGGUAUAAUGGAACUGCUGUUCCCAUUCUUUACCGUGUUGAUUAUGACGGUACUGAAUGCACGGGGCAGUUCAAGAAAGACGGAGAUUUUCGAAAUGCUAGUCAGUUUGAAGUGGACCAACUGAAAAGGUAUGGAGCAGAAAGUGCCAUCCUCUUACUCGAUAAAGGACGUUCAUUCGUAGCACGUUGGCAUGAUUAUUUGUUUUCUGACUUUCACGAUCCUUACAUCAAUGCGACUGCUGCCAUUCCAACAUUCUUUCUCUAUUCCCAUGUCUUUCAAGAAGAUAUUUUGGGCCUUGCUAAAGAUCGGAAUAUUUCGCGGCUGCAGCUGAGGUUCCAUAGGCCGUCAGAGGGGCCAAUAGACCUUUCAAUGGUGAUAGUAUGGCUUCUUGCUGUCGGAUGCGUACUAGGAGGAGGAGUUUGGGCAUUCUUUCGUCACAGACAAGUUGACGGUGAUUUCAGAGCUGGCAAGGACAAGUUGCAUGUUAAUACUACUUCAAACGCAACCUACUCAUCCCAGUCGGAUUCGAGUGGUUCCUUCGAAAGUCGUUGUAGAUGCCUUGCUAAACACUCAAAUUUCCUUGCCAUUAUCGUGUUAAUGGUUAUUCUCGUCGGAAUUCUCAUGAUUGGAUUCUUUUUUCGCCCUGUUUUAGUGACUUUUUUCAAUGUGAUGCUGGUGUUGUUUGGAUCGAUAAGCGUCUAUGCAUGCAUAAUGGCGGUGCUUUCAAAUAUAUCAUUUUGCGAGUGCUGUUCUACAAAACUGUGCACUUGGGUUCAGCAUCGUUGGAUUCCUGAUGGAAGACCAAAUUUGAUUCAAUUGAUCGUGUACACGUUUUCACUUGGUAUUUGUGUCAUAUGGUUCAUUUAUCGCCGUACACCCUACGCAUUCAUCCUCUUGGAUUUCAUCAAUGUCACACUUUGUCUUCACAUUUUAAAGUCGCUACGAUUGCCCAGCGUUAAGUGGAUCUCAGCGCUGAUGUUAUGUAUGUUCAUUUAUGACGCGGUGAUGGUAUUUGUAACCCCAUUCCUCACACGUAAUGGUUGCUCCGUAAUGUUGGAAGUAGCAACAGGUAUUGAUUGCUCAAGCAGCGGUACUGAUGGGUAUCCUAUGCCUCCCAUAGAUGCGGCAUUACCGGAAAAAUUCCCCAUGUUAAUGCAAGUGCCACACUUCGACCCAAUGUCGUCAUGUAUCGAUUUGGACAUUGAGAAGGGCUUUCAGAUGACAAUUCUUGGUCUAGGUGACAUUAUUAUACCAGGCUAUCUGGUCACUCACUGCUUCACCAUGAACGGUUUCGAAGAACGCGUGCGCAUCUCUUAUGGGAUCCUGUGUUCGAUCGGAUAUGGGCUAGGCCUCAUUCUGACUUUCUUCGCUCUUGCUCUUAUGAACAUGGCCCAACCAGCUCUAAUAUAUUUGGUGCCAUGUACACUUCUCCCGAUUUGUAUAAUGGCUUUUAUGAGAGGACAGUUCCGCUUGCUAUGGGACGGCGCUGAAGACCUUACUGAUUCAACUGCCUCCCUAAAACCAAACACGGACGACGACACGGGCCCCCAGGGUGAUUCAUGA